CUCGUACUUCAAUUCCUUUGUGUCGUCUGACUUGAACGGUAAAACUUGAGAUUCGUGUGAUAUAAACUUACGCUUUUUUAUUCAAAAUUAACCUUUUGCAAUUGUAAUUUUGUUUAUUUAAUUAUUUAUUUUCGUGUUUGAAUUAUUCAGAAAAAAUGGCAAAAGCUCCAGCUAUUGGUAUCGAUUUGGGUACUACGUACUCGUGUGUCGGUGUAUUCCAACACGGUAAAGUCGAAAUUAUCGCUAACGAUCAAGGUAACAGAACCACGCCGAGUUAUGUCGCCUUCACUGACACCGAACGUUUGAUCGGUGAUGCCGCUAAAAAUCAAGUUGCGAUGAACCCUAACAACACCAUUUUCGAUGCCAAAAGAUUAAUAGGCCGUAAAUUUGAAGACGCCACUGUUCAGGCCGAUAUGAAACACUGGCCAUUCGAAGUCAUUAAUGAUAACACCAAACCUAAAAUUCAAGUUGAAUAUAAAGGCGAAGCUAAAACUUUCUUCCCAGAAGAAAUUUCUUCUAUGGUUUUGGUUAAAAUGAAAGAAACUGCCGAAGCUUAUUUAGGAAAAACCGUUACUAAUGCUGUUAUUACCGUACCAGCUUAUUUCAACGAUUCUCAAAGACAGGCCACAAAAGAUGCCGGUACCAUCUCCGGUUUGAACGUAUUACGUAUCAUUAACGAACCUACCGCUGCUGCCAUCGCUUACGGUUUAGAUAAGAAAGGCACAGGCGAACGUAACGUAUUGAUUUUCGAUCUCGGUGGUGGUACCUUCGAUGUAUCCAUCUUGACCAUCGAAGACGGUAUUUUCGAAGUAAAAUCAACCGCCGGUGAUACUCACUUGGGUGGUGAAGAUUUCGACAACCGAAUGGUCAACCAUUUCGUUCAAGAAUUCAAACGUAAAUACAAGAAAGAUCUCACCCAAAACAAGAGAGCCCUACGUCGUCUGAGAACCGCCUGCGAACGAGCAAAGAGAACUUUAUCAUCGUCGACUCAAGCCAGCAUUGAAAUCGAUUCGCUUUACGAAGGUAUCGAUUUCUACACCUCCAUCACUCGUGCUCGUUUCGAAGAAUUGAACGCCGAUUUAUUCCGAAGCACGAUGGAACCAGUCGAGAAAUCGAUCCGAGAUGCUAAAAUGGACAAAGCUCAAAUCCACGAUAUCGUCUUAGUCGGUGGUUCAACCCGUAUCCCUAAAGUACAAAAAUUAUUGCAAGAUUUCUUCAACGGUAAAGAACUGAACAAAUCGAUCAACCCCGACGAAGCUGUAGCCUACGGUGCCGCCGUCCAAGCCGCCAUUUUACACGGUGACAAAUCGGAAGAAGUACAAGAUUUGCUGUUAUUAGACGUAACGCCAUUGUCUUUGGGUAUCGAAACUGCCGGAGGUGUGAUGACCGUACUCAUCAAACGUAACACAACCAUUCCAACUAAACAAACGCAAACUUUCACCACCUACUCCGAUAACCAACCCGGUGUAUUGAUCCAAGUCUACGAAGGAGAACGUGCUAUGACCAAGGAUAACAACCUCUUGGGUAAAUUCGAAUUAACCGGUAUCCCUCCAGCACCUCGUGGCGUACCUCAAAUCGAAGUCACCUUCGAUAUCGACGCUAACGGUAUCCUUAACGUAAGCGCCAUCGAAAAAUCCACCGGCAAAGAAAACAAAAUCACAAUCACCAACGACAAAGGCCGUCUCAGCAAGGAUGAAAUCGAACGCAUGGUCAACGACGCCGAAAAAUACAAAGCCGAAGACGAUAAACAAAAAUCUGUGAUCGCCGCCAAAAACUCGUUAGAAUCGUACUGCUUCAACAUGAAGAGCACCGUCGAAGAUGAGAAAUUAAAAGAUAAAAUCACCGAAGCCGAUAAAAACACGAUUUUGGAAAAAUGCAACGAAACCAUCCGCUGGUUAGACUCCAACCAAUUGGCCGAAAAAGAAGAAUUCGAACACAAACAAAAAGAAUUAGAAGGUAUUUUCAAUCCGAUCAUUACUAAAUUGUACCAAAGCGGUGGUGUUCCUCCUACCGGUAUGCCAGGCGGUGGCUUCCCCGGAGCUGGUGGUUUCCCCGGUGCCGGCGGCGCUGCUCCCAACGGUGGCGGAUCCGCUGGUCCCACCAUCGAAGAAGUCGAUUAAACGUAAUCGGUUGUUCAUCAGUGAAUCCUCAUUGUUUUCCAUCAUACAAAGCAUUUUUAUUAUUCCUGCUCUUCUUUAUUAAUUUCUGAUUGUUGAAAAAAUUGUACAGUUCGCUACACUAGUCGAUAGGCAUAUUGUUACGUUUGUGUUAUCGAGUAUUUAGUCAUUCCUAUUAUUUUUUUAAAACUUUGUAUUCCAAUUUUUUCAUACGUGUGUUUUGUUUGUUCAUUUUUGUUCCUUUUUUCGCUCUCGGGAUUCACUCGUAAAUAUUAAAAAAAAAACAUCCAAACGAUAUUGUAAUAGUUCAAUAAAUCUUCAGUUUUACCGAC